AUGAGUGCAUCGACAUUCUCCGACGCCUCUCUUUCGCGCGAAGCUCAGAGUUCUGACUUUGACCUGACCAUUCGCCAGCAGCCCAAUCGGGCCCGCGUGGCGGGGGGCAAGGAAAAAGAGCGCAAACCUAUCGAUCCACCGCCGAUCGUUCAGCUCCGGGUGCGCGAGGAAGGCACCUAUCUUGCACAACAUUACCUGCAAAGCCCGUACUAUUUCUUGUGCUGCAGUCUCUACGAUCCAACAGAUGAGCGUCCUGUACCCGUCGCCCCGUCGACUGCGUUAGCAGGAACCCUGGUUUCGUCCCUUCACCGGCUGAAGGAUGUAGACAACAGCGACGGGGGCUUCUUCGUUUUUGGCGAUCUCUCGGUGAAGAUUGAGGGCGAAUUUCGCCUCAAGUUCACCUUGUUCGAGAUGCGCAAGGAGAACGUGUCUUACUUGAAGACCAUAAUCUCGGAGCGGUUCACAGUGUCCCCUCCCAAGAGUUUCCCAGGCAUGAUGGAGUCAACAUUCCUUUCACGAUCAUUUGCGGACCAGGGUGUGAAACUGCGCAUUCGCAAGGAGCCGCGGACCAUGAUGAAACGCACACGACCGGAAGAUUUCCCUCCAGCAGUGCCUGCUCGAUCACCAGAACGCCAGACGGUCCAGAUUCCCCCGGCGACUGGAUACGGAGGCUACCCGCCCACAAGCAGGGAUUAUUCGUAUUAUGGUGGACAGCCGUCGGUCAAGCGUCAUCGUACUUCAAUUGACUAUGGCAGGCAACAAGGCAUAUAUGAUCCGGACAGUCGGAUGCCGUACAGCCAGCCAGCAACUGCUAUCUAUGCUGGACAGCCAGGAGCGUACCAACCACCGAUGCAAUCUUACGCAACAGGACAGGUGAUGCCUGAUUAUUCGAUGUACUCGGGUAUCCCUCAAUCCGGUAUUCCACAGCCCGGUAUCCCACAACCGGGCUUAUCCCAAUCCGCCGGCUUGUCCCAGAUGCCAGAUCCCUCCGGCCAAAGCCGAUCCAGCCAGCAAGCUGCCGUGGGACAACUGAUGGCGAUGAACCAACCUGGCACUCCUACCCCGGAUUCGACUGGAGCGAUGAUGGCCCAAGGAUACCGGUCCGGAUACCCCGCUAGCUCUACCAUUCUUCCGCCGUUGCAGCGGAACCGCGACUACCAAAACGGACGAGGUUAUUUUGACCAAUCCGCUCAGCCAAAUACCCCUAUUGUUCCAUCUCAAAUGGUCAACGAAGGAGAUCGCUUUGGCUCCAUGGCCGGCCCAACAGCCUUUGAUCACCCUGGUUCUGCGAGUGGAACUCCUCAAUGA